GGCCAUUUUUGAAAGAUAACCGCAGUGCUACGGAACGACUUGUUCAGCUGCGACGGAGCCGCAUCACAAUGAGCAGCGUGUAACGAAGCUGCGCCUCCGUUCAUCAGCAGUCACCAGGGGACCGGGCUGAGCUGCCUCCCGACUUCAUGCGCCGGUGAUGGCGAACGGCGACUUUCGCUACACGCUUCAGAGGAGGUAGUUCCAGCCUGGCAAAAUCAGAACCCCAGGCAUAUCACUGCUGGCGCAGAAAAGGAAGCCAGCUAGGACUGCUACAAGCGGCAGGAUACAUGUUCUUGCUGUGCGUCGUUACACCCGCCGCCGAGGUGUUCUGCUGAGCUUAGCGUUGCCAGAUAACCUCAAUCAAGCGGAAAGUUUCUCCUUUGCUUAUCGGCACCCAGAUUACAAUCACCGACUACUUAUUCAGCUGACUUCAUCGAGCGCGUUGAGCCUGCUACAAUGUGGCGGCACGUACCCCUGCUCUUCAGCAUAAUCAGCUUGCAAUUCUUAUUGGUGUUGAUGUGUACAGCUGGAACGUUCUACGAAGGGACCGCGAAACCGCGAAAGGCAGGCGUACCCAGGCCCAUCUCCGAUUCCCCAAACGUAGCAGCACAAAUGGGUAUACCGCUGCCUCUAGCACGACAUGGACCACCACUGUCCCCUGCUAGACACCGCCGGAGUUCUGACCUUCCCAUGGGUCCUCCGCGCCCCCUCUCUUCCGCUAUCCAUGUUCAAUCACCCAGCAAGUCCAAGCCGCUAACAUCAGCCACUUUGCGUGACCACACACCAUUCAUUGUGGAGGCGUUCGUCAGAAAGCUGCGUUUGAAACACGUGACGUUGCUGACUGGCGGGCAGCUGGUGUCCUGUCGGCAGGUAGCGCGAGCCGUGCUGAUGUCACCGGCAUUUGUGACGGUUUCAUGUGAUGUUGUUCACACUACACAGCCGCAACUGGUGGUCCUUGGAGUUGAUGACUUUAAAAACAACGAGACAGCUGGUGGAGAAGAGGUCAACUUUACAAAGCAAGGUCCUGAUUACGCACUAAAUGUAAGAGUAAGAAAUGCCUUAAAGAAUGAAAUGACUUCAACGCAUGACAACAUUUCUUCAAGAGCAUCGCACAAUGAAGAAAAUGAAAUACUGAGUGAUGAGUUUCACCAACUUGACGUCGUUAGUGACCAUCUGAGGAAAGUUGCGCUAACGAUGCCGCCAGGUUCCAUCAUUCUCCUGCUAACGCAUCGCGUCUUGGAGCCUCUCCUAUCCGUCCCAAACGUCCACCUCUUCCAGGCAACGCUUGAGCCUGGUGGUGCCGUCAUCUACGAAGCGUGGACGUUCCCGGGUGACCCACGACCUCUCACAGAGCUCAGGGGAUACUGGACAAAAGCCGAGGGUCUCUGGCUGGAGCCGAGACAGUACGACGGACCAAAGGACUUCAAAGGACGCACACUGCGCGUGGCGAUGCUGGAGGACCCACCGUAUGUGACAUUGGAUAACAGCUCUGGCAAGCCGGUGCUUGGUGGUUAUCUUCCCGGUGUUCUGGACAUGCUUGCCGCGGGACUCAACUUCACGCCGAAGAUAGUCUGUCCCAAAGACGGCAAGUUCGGUUAUCAGCUCCCCAACGGAACUUGGAACGGUAUCGUGGGUCUUCUGCAGCAUCGCCGCGCAGAGCUGAUGCUCGUCUCUUUGGUGAUGCUAGAGCAACGUCGCAGGGUCGUCGACUACCUCGGUCCCGUCGAGUGGACAUACUACGGCUUCGUCAUCCGCGACCGGACGCUGCGACUCGGCGACAGUGAGGUCAACUGGCGCGCCUACACGGAGCCCUUCUCGCCGGCACUGUGGACGGCUGCCUUCGCGCUGCUGCUGUGCGCGGCUGGUGUGUGGAGCGCCAUGGCUGCGGCCGCACCGCAAGCAGAGACCAACGCUUCAGAGCCAGGCGCGACCGCGACACCAGCUGAACCAUUCUGGACGGUGCUUGGGGUGCUGGUACAGCAAGGCGCGUCUGUUGUGCCAGAGUCCUCCAGUCAAAGGAUUCUCCUCGGAUCGCUCUGGGUCUUCAGUGUUGUGCUGUUUGCCAGCUUCACCAGUAACAUCGUCUCUCUGCUCGCCAGCACACGCUACGUGAUGCCGUUCGAGACGCUGGAACAGCUCGCUGCUCUGACAGACUGGAAAAUCAUCGCCAACCCUGAAAGCGCUGACCUUCACCAGCUAUUCAGAAUUCACGAACUCAACAGAACUGGUAAACUUGAACCGAUAAAAGCCUUUCUCCCACACGCCUUGGAUAUUCUGCUCACGAACGACAAGACGGUGCUCUUUACAGCGUUCUCAAACGUCGACCACGUCCUCCGACGUAACUGCAGUUUUGUGUGGUCUGCUAUCCGAGUUUUACCUUCGGCCGGCUACCUGACUGCUCAGCGGGACCUUCCCUAUCGAGACGCCAUCGCCACGCGACUAUCCCACCUCUCCGAAGCCGGCUUACUAAAGCACCUCUGGGAGAAGACACUGCUGCAGCCAACAGCGGCGGGCUGCCGGCGUCUCUCCCAGUUUAGCACCAUGACGCUGAGACAGACGGCCCCAGCGCUCACACUGCUGGCCGUGGGAAUGCUGACCGCCGCUCUGGUGGCGUUCGCAGAGUGCCGCUGGGCGAGACGACGGGCCCGCAGGCAGCGGCGUGGGCAGCGCACCAAACGGUCGCGGAAACAGCCCAGCUAAGAGACUUGGGUCGAACGCUUGGAUUUGUGCUUACGGUGAAGUGUAUGAGUACUGUCGCAGUAGGAUAAUUACAGGCAUAAUGUAACAGCACCUGAGUGCACCACGCACCGUGUUGCUCCUGGACAGCAGAUUCGUUAGUUGAAACAGCGCUUUUCAGCUAACCUUGAAUCGGCUCCUUUCAUGCAUGUGUGCUUUCUGUGUGAUCAGACGGAUGAAAUGAAUCACCAUUACACACGCCGACUUCAGUCGACAUUAUUCAUCCUAACACAUUAACGCUGCCUUUCAAAGAUUAGGAGCGGGCUACUGUGAAAACUCCAAUACAAUAGACGCUAGACGUUAGCGCCAUAACGCUGAAAGACCGAGUGAAAAUACAUUGCGCACAAGAUUA